UCUCUGCUUCUCCCUAGAGCAGGGAGGUGUGGCCAGAGAGUGGUAUAAAGUCCAAAGAAUGAGCUUCUCCCCCCUUCAGUACAGAGUCCCCCUCGCUGGAGAUCAGGCAGUCUGCUCUGGCAGCAAGACUAUUCUUUGCAGCCUUUGCUUCUUGGCCCUUCACUCUCCAGGACCGUAGCCUGCCUACCAUGCCCUCCCAUGGGGUGUCUGUUGCCCUGCUGCUUCUAGCCCAGGUGGGAUUUUCUGUGAGCCUUGAGGCUAUCCAGUGCCCUCCAUGCUCUGAGGAGAAGCUGGCACGCUGCAGGACACCCUCUGGAUGUGAGGAGCUGGUGCAGGAACCAGGCUGUGGAUGUUGUGCCACGUGUGCCUUAACAAAAGGGAUGCUCUGUGGGGUAUACACAUCUCGCUGCGGUUCAGGGCUGCGGUGUUACCCACCACGGGGAAUGGAGAAGCCCUUGCACACACUCAUGCAUGGCCAAGGUGUUUGCAUGGACCUGUCUGAAGUCGAGGCGAUCCAAGAGAGCAUGCAGUCAACAGAGCAGGCAGAGAUUGAGCUCCCUCCCACCAACAACUUCAACCCCUGCAACAUCCAUGACCGUAAAUGCCUGCAGAAACAACAAGCAAGAGCACGGGAACGAAUGAACAUUGGUGUCAAGAUGAGGAGCCAUGGAACCCUCAUGCUCCGAGAGGACAUCCGGCCAGUGGUCCAAGGCUUGUGUCAGAGUGAGCUUCAGAGAGCCUUAGAGAGACUAGCAGCUUCCCAAACCCGAACCCAUGAGGACCUUUACCUCAUUCCCAUCCCUAACUGUGACCAUAAUGGAAAUUUUCAUCCUAAACAGUGUCACCCAGCUUUGGAUGGGCAACGAGGGAAAUGUUGGUGUGUGGAUCGGAAGACAGGGGUGAAAUUGUCAGGAAGUCUGGAAGUGAAGGAAGAUUUGGAUUGCCAUCAGCCUGUAGAUGGAGUGGAAGAGUGACCAGGCUGAUAAGUGGACAAUAAGACUUGCCUUGACAAUCUGCCAAGGAAACUUGUUGUACUUAGUGUUUUGAUAAGUAGAUGCAAUGCAAACUGGGAGUUACCACAAUGCCUUUUUUUUUUUCCCUGAGGGGGAAUAAUAGCAGUAACGGCUGCCUCUCUCCUCAAAAUAACUGCAUUAAUCUAAGCACAAUGUGGCUUAGUCAACCCGUAUCUCUCUGCUGUUUAACUGGGUAGCUAUUUGCAUCCAUGGAUCAUUCUUCACUGACAAUGGAAACUGUAUUCCAUGUGAAUGACCAUCGAUGACAAAAGGCCCCACUGGCUUUAAUCUUGAGUACCUCAAUAAGUCUUUUGAGAGUUUCCUCUGAGUAGACCUGCUCUUGUUUUCGAUAUAAACUGUUGGGGAACUUGCUUUUCUUCCACUGAGAAAGGGAAAAAGAAAAGCAGGGGACAAAGCUCUUUUCCCCACUUUUUUUAAAGGUCCACUAAAGCCCAAGCUGGUUCAGUAGUGCCUAGACUUCUUCCAUCCUAAUAUACUUGAUCUUCUUAAUGCAAGGGAUACAUUACAUUUAGGAUGAGAAAAAGUAUGCUUAUUUAAAAGGCCUCAUUUUCUAGCCAUGAUACACCAGUGUUCAUUCCUGGAACCGCUUUUCAUUGCCAUGGCUUAAUCUUGAAACCCGUUAAAGCAAUAAUAUAGAUUAGAGCAUUUUUGAACAAAAUGCUCUAAUUUAUAUUGACCAAACAAACUUUUCUUAAUCCCAUAUUUCUCCAACAAGACAUCAGAGUUUCACUUUGAAUUUAGGAUGUUCUUUUGAGGCAUAAUUUCAAGUAAAGUUUUAAUUUAAAAGGCAAUUGUUACAAUUGUUAAUUCAUAAUCCAAAUAGGGAUAAAGGGAUACAAUUACAAAAAAACUCAAAUCAUAAUGUUUAAUAAUUAAAACCAUGCUUCUACAUUCAUAUAUUUUAAAAAAUAUGGCUGGUAUAAUACAGCUGAUGUUCCAUUCUUGCUAUUAGAAUUACUAUUCUAAAUAGUAAUUAACUAUUCAGUUUAUUUUCAAACAAAGUAAGAUAAUAUUUGGUGCAUAAAAUAGUAUCUUUGAAAUCUGGAAAAAUGAGAUUCUAAUCUAGGGCAUUUGGUAAAAAUAAUAAUGAGUUCCAAUUUGUAAUAAUAGUGACAAAAGAACUUUUAGAAAUUGGGAUGGGAGCUGGAUUUAGCAACAUUUUCAAGGAUUGUGCUUUAGCUUAUUUGAAUAAAAUAAGAGUGUGGGAGGGAAAUCCUAAAAAUGGGUCUAUGUGAUUAUUUAAUUUACAUUGGAGGUAGGAUUCAGAUUCACCUGAUACAGCUAUUUGCUUUCUUUUCCCUUCCUGUUAAAUGUAAAGUAAUUAUAGCUCUGGUAUUAAGAGAUGUACCCAACCUAGGAAUACUUCCAAUCUGAAAACAAAAGUAAAAAUGUUUAGAGAACCAAGACUGAAUUUGUCCAUUCUAGAGCCCAACCCCAUUUAUUAUUAAAAACAAGGCCACUUUUUUCCUAACAAUAAAAUUAAUGCCAUCAGACAAUCUUGCUGCAGAACAAGGAAUCCCUUCCUCAAAUGAAAUAUGUCUCAUUAGCAAGUAGAGUUUGCAACAUCGGGGAGGAGGAGAUAAGAGACUUCCAGCCCCCUUGCUGGAGUUUCAUAAAAAUCUUCAAUUUGGGCUGCCAAAAUUUGUUGUCAAAACCAUUAAUUUUCUAUGGGGUAGUUUCUCACAUUUUGCCUUUAAAAGGACAAAAUAGAUCUCCAUGAGGUGCAAAGUAAUUCAUUAUCCUUUUUUAAUUGUGUCCCUCAGAUUAGAAUGUUCUUCCUAACUAUAAAUACAUAUGUUGGUCUAACUUUCAGAUAAACAAAUUGUCAAGAAGGAGACUCUGAAGCAUAUUUUCAUAACAUGGGGCAGCACUAACUUUUAAUGAAGUCUUUUAUCUUCCAAGAGUGUAAGAACUCAUUGCUCAUUACGACAACCAUGGGGUGGUGCUCUUUCUAAUGGAGAAAACUUUGUUUAGACCUUGUUGCUCUUAUUAAUGACUGGUUUUAGAAAGGGAACAGUUUUAAUAAGGAAUUGAAACUGUCAGCUGCAGCCUUUCUUCCUGAAAUGACAUUAUUCUAAAUGUAGGUUCUUUUUUUAGAAUGUACUAAGACAAUAAAAUAUCAAAAGACAGAAACAAAAACAUGAUGCAUGAACAAUAAAAAGGGAUGAAAGGACAAACAGGAAAGGAAUACAAAGGGGGAAAAACCCAAAAUAAUUCAUAACAUGAGGAAAACAAACAUAUGGUUGAACCUUAUCUCAAUUAAUCUAUAAACAACAACUAUUUCCCAAUAAACCUGUCAAUUUGAUAUCUAACAGAGCUAACUAGGAAAAGAGGAAUAAAUAGUAGAUCAUCUACUAUUUCCAAAUCCAGGCUGCUCAUGUUGCUCAAAACAGCAUUUGGGUUUUAUUGUACGGCAAACUCUUCAUUGCCUUCAGGGUAUUUAUUAUGCGGAUUUGGGGAAUCUAAUCUUUUCUGGGAAAUGAAGGGAAGAGUAGAUUCAGAUCUACUGAAACUGAAGCUGGCUGCAAUCCACUGUUGGAAGGUUUUGGACUUCAGUUUAAUUCCUUUCAGGCCAGUGGUAAUUGCUUGAUCCCCCUCUGAUCUACUCCAGUCCUUUAAGAGUGCAACUCCAGGAAUUCCAUAGUCAUUUUCAAGUUGUUGGGUUUCUAUUUUCAUAAUUUCCAGCAGCAUCUGGGGAUCACCAAUUUGGGAAAAGCUAUAACUCCAAAUAGAGCUGAUUGGUGAAACGCAGCAUUUACCAAGGAUGAAAACAAGUGAACUUUCAUAUACAGUGGUCCAUAACAGUGGUGUAUUAGUUAUUGCUAGCUAGCUUAAUAUUGUCUGUGAUAUUUUAUCACAGCGAUACAUUGUGACUGGUGCCUUCCUACAGGUGUGAGCAAUCUUUUAACAUCUGCAGGUUGCUAUAACGUUCAUGGCAGUGUUCCUCAACCUUUGCAAUUUAAAGAUAUUGGACUUCCAACUCCCAGAAUUCUCCAGCCACCAUAAUAAGUGGCUCAAUUGUGAAAAUUAAGUCAUGAUUUCUCUAUUUUCCCCCCACGGCUGCAGAGACAGGUUUCUCUUUUUGAAAAAGAGUUGUUACAUUUCUUUGAGGGAACAGUAACAGUUUUGGAGGUUUUCCUGCCUCAAAAUGGCAUGACUAGUUUUUGAUAGCUGUGGUGCAAAGGGGAUUGGUGGGUCACAAAAAGAAGAUGGGGGCCCCAGGUUGCCUAUUUCUUCUUUAUUGCUUUUUUGUAGGUACAGUGCAUUUUUUAAACUGCAGUUAUCUGAGAGUCAAGUCCACUGAACUCGGUGGAACUAAUAUUUGAAUAGCUAUGCAUCCUAUUGCCCUAUUUCAUAUUUGCUACAUCAAACAUAACGUCUUUCAACACAAUUGCAUACAAUGCUCAACAAUUACAUUUCUAGGUGUCAAAAAUGCUCAUACAAUGCUCAACAAUUACACUUCUAGGUGUCAAAAAUGAAGAAGUAAAGGUGAAUUUUUGUUGAGAGGAGAUAUUCUCUCAGUGCCAGAAACUAAAGUUGUGUACCCUUCAAGCUUGAUUCAGUUUGAAAAUUAAGUCAACUCUUAAAAUAGCAGCACAUUUUAAUAGCUGAUCUCUUUAGCAGAUUAUUUGAGAAGUGCAGAAUUUAAAAUCCCAUGGAGUCCAGAGCAGUUCUUCUGAAUCCAUUUUGAAGCAGGAACAGUCUUAUUAAAUGCCUUCUGUUUCAUAUCUGGGAACAUACAACAUCUUCACACAACACGUGUAAUCCAGUCAAAUCUGGUAGUAUUGUAUACUUCUAUAUGGUGCCUCUCUUCAUCCUGUCAGGCUUUUGCAUACAAUAAGAGCUGUGAUUAUUUGCUAAUAUAUUGGUUGCAAUGUUUUUGUUGCUGUGAAUGUUAUUGCUCUUAAUUCUAUUUUUUUUAAAAAACAAACUUUUCAAAUGAUACAGUUGUUGUAUAUCACUUAAUUUGAGCAUUUCUGGGAAAAGCUAUUUAUAAAUGGUAAAAAUAAAAGAAAAAAUAAACCAAAAA